AUGGAAGCUCUGAGGAAUAUUAAGUCUAACAUCAAAGUCAUUCCACAUCUAGAUGAGAAAAACGAAGGAUGUAUUGUCGCUAAUGUCACACUUGUGGAGGCAGAUCAGAAACCAGCACUUGUAAGUACAGAAUGGUGUCUUGUUCCUGGGCGGGGAAGAUAUCCUUCAAAGGCUUUGUUCCAGUCAGCCGGGUCGGUUACUUUCAAACAUCGAAACAUCCAGGGCCUUAAUCAGUCUCUCAUUGGUUCAGGUGAUCUUUUGUUUCAGCUUGACUAUGUACACUCACAUCUGGACGAUGUUAAAAAUCCCAGAAACCGUAGCUUCAAAACGAGCUUCGUCAACAGCAGAAAACUUAGCCCAAUAUUCACUGGGGGACCAGGCUUUGAGGAAGUAGUGCCUCCAAUGUUGGUGGAUCGACUUGGUCUGCAAGCUAAUAUAACAGAGAACUUAACCCGUCAGAGUAAAUUCACAUAUGGACUUGCGUUUGAAGAGAUAACAACACGAGAUAAAAACGGGCAAAUCUCUGCAAAUGGGCUGAUGUUGUUGCCUUACGGUGGAACCAGUGUUAAUGGACCUCCAACAACUCUCAGUGGUACCGGUAUUGACCGCUCUACAAGCCAACAUAACCAGUGUCAUAGCCUUUCUACAAGCCAACAUAACCCAAGACAACACCAAGUGGAUCAAGGCUUGGGUAUAGGAAGCAAUUUCCCGCUCUACAACCGCCAUCAGCUAACCUUAACAAGGUUCAUUCCGCUGAAGAAAGUAGAAGAAGGAUCCGGAAAUCGACAACCACCAGUUCUAGUCCUACACGGCUAUUACGGUGGCUGCAUAGGCGAUUUUCCAAGCUAUGAUGCUUUUGUUCUUGGUGGGCCUAACUCUGUUCGAGGCUACACCAUGGGAGAGCUCGGUGCAGCUAAACACAUUCUCGAGAAUACCUGUGAAGAACACACGUGCAUGCAUUUGCUGAGCAUGGAAACGAUUUGGGAAGCUCAAUGGACGUUAAAGGGAAUCCGACAGCGGUUUACAGGAGAACGGGACAUGGUUCAUCCUGUGGUUUCGGUUUGA